ACAGUGAGCAAACCGAGCAGUAUUAACAAGGGAUCCUUUCAAGCAUGCCUUAUUUGCAUGCAGUGGACGGUGGAAGUUAAAGAACCACAGCAAGCUGCCAAUCCAUCUCCCAGAGCUAUCAAGCCAUGACCAGCAUUUUAAAAUGUAUUAUGUUAUUCUGAAAAGUUUUGAUGACUCCUUCUUUGAGGAAGGUUUAUUCACAUUCUGAAGCACAGAGGACUGUUUUAAAGACAUGAUUCGUCUUGUACUGAGUGCAGUUUGAAAGCAUCUUAGCUUCAAUAGUACAGGAUAAAGAUUUCUGUCUGGAACUUCUCAAGAGAUUACAUACUGAACGUUAACUCUUGAAAGUCAAGAGCAACAAAGGUAAAACAGCUCAACAAUAUUUACAUCUGAAAAAGCUUCUUAAACUGGAAAGGAAAUAACAUUCCCCUUAAAGAAGUCAAGAAUAAACAUAUAAAUAUAAUGGCUAAAACAGAACAAGAGUUUACUGCACUUAGUGUACAUGAACAUGAGGACCUCUGUACUGAAGUGGGACACCAUCCAAAUAAAAGCAAAGAGUGCAUGAGAGGAGAAAUACAGUCAUAUCUCAAUCAGGAAGUACAGAGUGCUGAUUCAUUGUGCACAAACACAGAAGGGGAGGCAGUCAGUAUUGCUUCAGAUGAAGAAGAAUAUUCCUCAGAUGAAACAGAGGAUUCUUCAGAUGAAGAGGGAGAAGCAGAGUUCUUCCCAGACUAUGAGUAUGAGUAUAAUGAAGACACAGAAAGAGAUAAUGUAUCUCAAGAGGAAGAAAUAACUGAGUAUAAAGGUUCAGAACUACUAACAGAACACUUUUCUGAAGGCCAGAAUUCCUCUGAGGACAAAAAAGACCAUGCAGAUGUUGAUGAUUGCUCAUUCCUUGUAGAAGCAGAUGAAGAAGUAAUAAUUUUACAAGCAAGUUCUGAGGUGCACACAGAAUCAAAUGAAUGUACAGAUAAGCCACAAUAUCCAUUCAUGACUGCAGAUGAAGAACUAGAGGGACAGAGUCUAACAAAUGACCACUUAAAUGAAGAAGUUAAUGGGGACCUCGAUGUGAGUACAAAGGAAGACACUGCAGAUACAGAAAUAAGUAUUAUUGGGACUCCUGAAGAUGCUUCUCCAGGAACAGAACAUUCAGAAACAUCCGACUCGGAGUAUGACCCCACAGGUGACAUAAUGAUAGUUUCUGAAGAUUCUGCAGAAGACACUCUCACAGGUAACACACUGGAUGUUUAUGAAGAUUAUACAGAGGACACUCUUCCAAGUGAGGAAGCUGAGAAAACCACUGAUGAAUCCAUUGCAGUAGCCUUAGAAACAGUUUCUUAUUCUGAUGAGUCUGAAGUUCCCAGGCUAAGUCUUGCAACUUCUGCAAUGGAUAGCAGCAGUUCUACCAUUGCAAAUGAUGUUCAAGAAAAUGCCGAAAAGCAACUCACAGAAACGUCUGACAUGAUAAAUGAAGACAAUGACUUGUCACUUGGAGAUCCUUUGUCUGACCCUAUAAAACUCAAGGAAGAAAAAGAUGAUAGUGUAAAAGGACACAACCUAGAAGCGGGACAAAGUUACUGUGUUGCACAACAUGAGAAGGUGAGACAAAGUUCUGCAGAACAGUCAAAUCAUGGCAUAACCAAAGAAGCAAACAAUAAGGAUUAUGCAGGCAGACAAGAGAGUGGAAACAAAGAUUUGCACUGCCAGCCUGGAAAUUUUGAUAAGGCCAACAAAGAUAUGGAAAAUGAAGAUGAUGAACAAGCUAUGCAAGAAAGAAUAACACAGAUCUAAAAAAUCUUCUGGUGAAAGAAGAAAAGUAAACCGCAACUAACAUCUACCAGACUGGAUAAUGCCAACAGAGUUAAGGACAUUGCAGAAAUGCAAACAUAAUUUUGCUUCAGUCAUUAUCACAGUUAUAACUGGCAUGCAGGAGCUAUGACACCAUAUCUUUUGCUUACACACAUUUUCUGAAACUAACUCAGUUACAUAUGCAUGUGGAUUAAAAGAAUUCAACAGCAUACUUUUUACAUCAGUAAUUUUUGUGUGUAUUAAUAAACUGAUUAUGUGAACUCUU